UCGACGAAUCCCUGUCGAGUUGCUUGCUGGCGUAGGGUUGGGAGAAUCACUCACGAAUAACGCUGUCGGGAUACUCCGUCGAAGGACGCGGAGCAAGGAAGUUGAACGUCCUGGACAAUUUUCACGAGCACCUUCGACAGCUGCGGAUAGAUAAAAGCCAAAGCUCCUCUACAAGCACUGUCUCGGUGAUGCAGAUGCUAAACGGUAGGGCUGCGGUGGAAACAAAAACCAGAACCACAAGAGGUCAUUAGGAAAGGCGCAACGGACAUUGAGGGAUGUUCAUAAAAACGUUGUGCGUAGCAGUGCUACUCGGAGCUGUUCGCCACAACACCGGCGAAAAGUCUCCGUUUUCGCUUCGUCAAAAAAUGCUCGCUCAGGAACAGCGAAGCAAGGCUCUACGUGAAGCGUGGUAUAGGUGCAGUACAAGUGAACUUCCAGUACGGAAAGCGCAUUUAGAAACUGUAAGAAGUGUCUCGAAGGGUGAAAGUACGUCGAAACAACGGAGAGAAGCUGAAUCACGCAACCAAGCAGUUUACAUCGCUGGAACACGUGGGACAUGGAGAUCUGGAGAGUUCUCCGUCCCUUGGAGACACUUCAGCGUGGCCUUGUGGUUGAGGCCUGAAGGAGGACAACCGCAUCCGGCCUACGUCCUGGAAGCUGAAGAUCUGUGCACACCAUUGUCAGAAAAGAGCUGGGCUGUGCUCAUAGAAGGCAAGGGAAGUCCCAACGAUCAGAGGAGCGGCCACUUCGCCUUUCGCUUCCAAGCAGCCCAAGCUAGUACAACGACCAUCUUGCAGAGUCCAGUACCCUACGUACCCGAGGACUGGCAUCAUGUCGCUGCGAUCUACGACGGGGCGACCACGACAUUGUUCGUUAAUGGAGCACAGGUAGCGGUUUCCAGGGAACAAUAUGGAAGCACUUUCCGCAGAGCCACUGGCUCGUGCCGCACCCUGUCCAUUGGUGGCGGGCGGCACACAUACUACAGGGGCCUUGUAGACAACGUUCGCCUGUGGAACAUUACGCUCACGCAGAGCCAGAUUCAGGAGGACAUGUCCCGCGCUGGUUCAGCUCUCAAACCGCUCUUGGACGAAAGAUUCGACACAUUGGACCAAUGGGACUGGUCAGGACAGUCACCAAGGGCUGUACUGGUCCCAAAUCCAUCAAGGUCUGAAGGAGCCCAAGUUCAAAUUCCACCGUGUGGGUACACCGUCUGUGACUCCCCCGACGUCGUUCGCAGCUAUGAGCAUAACUGGGGUCUACGCCUUCCGAAGAAGAUAAGAUACCUGGUAGUGAACAUGAAGAAUUCUGAUGGUUCCAACCCCACAGUAACGGAGGAGCAGGUACAGAGGCAACACACUGCUCUCAACGCCGCUUUCGCACCGUAUAACAUAACUUGGAAUCUUACGCAGGUAUCCGUGAUGAACAGUUCCUUACGUCACCGACUCAUUACGUUGGGAUGCUCAGCGUCCAAGCUGGGUGACGGUGCAUGUGACUCUGAAUGUCAGAUGAUACAGAAUGAUGCUGGGGAUUGUGACCUUACGCAGCCGGAGUGUGAAGUGGAGUCCAUCGGUGACAGUCGUUGCCAGCCUGAGUGCAACCGUGCACUGUACGCGUGGGAUGGAGGCGAUUGCUGCUUAGAGGGUCUCCCAGCUGAGCUAUGCCUCGACCCAUCUUCUUUACAAAGGUCAUACCUGGAAGUUGAAGAGUACAAAAAAUAUUUGGCAUUCAACAACUCCCAGCAUAUCAACGUCCUCUUUGCACAAUGGUCAGAUAAGGGCAUAAUAGGCAUCACAACCUUUCCAUGGGACAAAAGUGUCUUCACAGUGCAUGGCGGUGUGGUUGUGCAGCCGGAGCAUUUCGGACAGCCGGGGCAUCUGGACACUCUGGUGCACGAGAUGGGACAUGCACUUGGGUUGUGGCACGUUCAUCGUGGAGUUACUGAAGUUGAGUGUCACGAUCCAUGUCUGGAAGCACAGCCGUCUUUAGAGAACGGUGACCUAUGCGAGGACACCAACCCAACCCCGAUGAACACGCGAUGCGCCGAUCCACCCCCUGAAGUCGUACGCUGUGGGAUUGGUCCCUUCGACAAGACUCCAUUUACCAACUACAUGGGCUAUACAGAUGACAGUUGCACGAACGCAUUCAGUCCGCAGCAGGUAGCGCGCAUGCACUGCUACGCCGAUCUGAUGUACCGUGGUUGGCUGCAAGGGCCGACACCACAAUUGCCAGCUCCACCGCUAGCACCAGUUCCGAUCAGCGCGACAACGGAGACCUUCGCCAUUUCUUGGGCGCCACCAGUUGCGGCCUCCAGCAGAACAGACCCGUGCUCGUAUUGCGAAAGCGACAGGUCCUUGCUGCAGUACGGACGCCGCGCAAGUGACGGCAAGGGGCAACGUGACACUUGGGGAGCAGAUCAGGCAAAUGGGCCUCCCGACGCCGAACCGUGCCUUCCAAGUUACAAUGCCUGGCUAUGUGAAGACGACAAUUGUUCUUUGACUUUGGAACUUGAACACCCUGUAGUCCCCUCAGCGCUUUCAGUCUGGGUAACGUGGGGUUCUCGAGAUGGGCUGAGACAGGUGGACUUGAUAUAUGCGGAUGAUUCGUUGGAAUCCUACAAAAACAUCUCCUCUCUCUACUGCGACAUGCCAUUCACGCUCCCACUUUUCCACACCAAGAAAGAGCUCACCAAAAUACGGAUAGAGCCCGGCGGAUCAAUGGUGGCCAUUGAUGCGGUGAGAGUAAUAUCCACGGCAAAUCACGGUGCUUGUACUUCCUGCAAGCCUAUACGAUACCGUGUCUUUAGGGAACCCGCCUUUCCCACAGGGCAGUACAAGACUACUGACGGGCUAAAGUUCGAAGACACUUACAUCAAGCCAGGACAGACGUACACCUAUCGAGUUCAAGCGGUGGUUAGUGCGAGUGAGACGGGGUUGUCACCAGCUCUUACAUAUGUCCAUGGACAAAGCUACUGCGGUGAUGGAGGCUUGGAUAAGGGAGAGGAGUGUGACGAUGGGAACAGAAGCCCGGGAGACGGUUGUGAUGUCAACUGCAAGCUGGAGCCCUUCUUCAGAUGCAAAGGAACCUUGUGCUAUGCAAAUGAUGGCGAUGGCAUAUGCGAGCCUAUGGAAGACAGUGUGCGUGACUGCGGGUUCACCACCCCGGAAGGGUUCUUCGACCAGUGGGCUUCAGGAUUUGUUAUUCAAGAAGACGCGAUGGCACAUGUCCGUCCUCCACAAAGUCUACUAGGGCCGCCGCCGUCACACCUGGCAUGUGUUUCUACGGUGGACGUGGACAGCGCCUGGUACGCUUGUGAAGGCCUCUCAGGUUCACCUUGCUACUCAUUCACGGUGUCGUUCGACAUACCUGCUGUAGCAACGAUGAUACAUGUUUUCAUAGCGUCCGAUGCGUCGACUACUGCGAUUUCCCCAACGGUAUCUGUGGAGCUGUUUCAUGAGAAGAACCCAGACGUUUCUCUUCCACAUUAUUACAGCAAGCAUCGCGUUGCGUGCCUUGCCAACCCAAUUGAAAUUCCAGUGGUACACGACUUGAGCAAGCCAUUCUUCUUCACUUUGAGCGCUCGCAUUAACGUAUCAUCCUCGAAUAUUGGACUUUCUGCAAUACGGCUGCGGUCAUCAAAGGCGCUUAAUCCUGUGGCUGUGGGGAAAUGCUACGGUAAAGAAUUGUACCAUUUCGGUCUCCAGAAGUGUGUCAAUUAUAACUGCAAAAGACCACACUGCGAGAGAGUCAUGCUUAAGAACGCGCAAAUGGUGUGCACUGGAAUGGAAGAAGGCGAUACAUGUGAGGUUGUGUGUGACGAAGGCUACGCAAUCGGUGGCAGAAGAAUAACACGAACGUCCCUAACCUGUGACAGUGGACAGUGGAAGGGCCACGGUGCUCUCUGCAAGCCUGUCGACUGCAUGAUUCCUGUUAUUGCGCAUGCUGAUCCGAUGUGCCCAGAAGGGACAACGUACGGGAAGACUUGCAGCUUUAAAUGCCGCCCGCCAGCCCGAUGGAAAGGUGGUGUUGGGGGCUUUGCAAACAUAACGUGUGGAAAAAAAGGCCGGUGGUCUGAACCUUCCCAAGAGUGUCACGUGGCUUGUCCUCCUCCCGACACACCACCUGACGCGGCGGCAGUCUCAUCAAACUGUCGUAACACGGAAAGCUUCAUGGUCGGCCACAAAUGCCGGUUCCACUGUAAACGCGGCUUCCACGUCGUUGGGAACUCACACAAGAAGAAGACGUUUCAUCUGUUGUGUGGUUCGAAUGGCAGUUGGAAAGGCCCAAGCUGCGCUCCCGUAACCUGUCCAACGCUGCCUACUCUCUACAAUGGCCUCUUCACCUGUACAAAUUCUUGGAAGGCAGACUCUGUAUGCUCCAUCGCGUGUCCCGGGGGAUCUAAUGUGGACCUAAAGUGUGGACAAGAUGGUGCAUGGGACAAACUAUUCCCCUACUGUAGCUUCAAAAACCUGCAUUGUCCGUUACCGAAGGAUACCACUGCAGAGCUUGUCUACUGGUGCAAUGACACAUAUGUAGGUUCCACGUGUUCCGUGACAUGUACCUCGACAAAACAAGAACCGGUUUUUGAUGGUCACCGCCUCAGACAUCCUGUCACCUGCUCUGGCUCUGGUUUCUGGCACCCAGAUCCCAAAUCCAUCCAGUGCAAGGAAGUUUGCACCACCGACUUCAUAGGAGACACUUGGUGCGACGCCAACAACAACCAGGAGCACUGUGGCUGGGAUGGCGGUGACUGUUGUUCUUCUACCGUGAAAGGACGUGUGGUUCGGACAUUCCCGCCCAACUGUGGUGAUGAGUGUGCGUGCAAGGACCCCGAGGCCCGUUAGCUAAGCCUAACGAGCUUUAUGUAAAUAAUGACUGGCUGAAUGGAAAAUCAUAAAGAAUCAUAAUAUUCUGAGUCGUU